AUGAUGCUCGAAGGUCGGAGACGGCCAGCGGGCAUCGGAGCUGCUGAAGAGCUCAGGAGAGCUCAUAGUGGAGGUAUUAGGAGUGCAAGUAUCAGCAGUAAUACGCCGAUGAUAGAAGAUGACGAUGACGAUGCUCCCAGAAGGUCAACCAGAGGUCGGAACCCCCUCCCACCUUCCUCUGGCCCACUCUUCCCUCCUCUACCACCCAAACAAGCCCGCAAUUCCCCCAAAAACUCCCCUAAGCGAUCUCCUGUCGUCCGUCCUACCUCUGCAACGAUCACGACCAUGCUUCGAACCUCAUCAGAUAGUAUCCUUAAAGAGGACUUGGACGUGUCCGACCCACCCAGCGGCUCUGUUGCUAGCAUCACGCCGCCCCCGCCCCACACCGUUGAGGAUCAGCCGAUGGAGGUCAAUGGUGGAGAUGCUUCCCCAGAACAUAAGAAUGAUUGGGAGACUUAUCGCCGUAAUCGCGCCAUGAGAUCUUUCAGGCAAGCCAAAUCAGUCAAAGCAGAGGAAGAGGAGGAGGAAGAGAUGACACCUGGGCGGACUAGACCUACAAAAAACACUAGAGCUUUAUCAAUACCCAUUCCCUCUACUGUUGACACUCCCGUUUCCGACGUAUCUGAACAACGAUCAGUCUCAGCUGGGCGGCAAGUAAGGAAGAGAAGAGGCGAAGAGCAGUUGUUGUUGGACGAUCAUCUUCUCCCGGAGGAGAUCCGGAGGGCCGCCACGGUCCUGGGCAAACGUGAUCGCCGAAGUGCUGAGAGGGAAGAAACAGGCGAGGAGGUCGUGGAAAAACAUUCUCAAGGAAAAGUGGAGGAGGAAGAGAGAGACGGCGGGGAAGGGGAGGAGGAAGAGGAAGGAGACGGUCAGGAGGUGACACGAUGUGUGUGCAAGAAAGAAGAGGGAGACCCUCUCAUGAUUCAAUGUGACAAGUGCAACGUAUGGCAGCACGGUCCAUGUGUCGGAAUCUGGGCAGACGAAGAGGCUCCAGAUGAAUACUUUUGCGAGGAAUGUCGGCCCGAUCUUCAUGGACCGUUGAAAAGAUGGAUCCGAAGUAAAGGAAGGAAUCCUGCCGCCUUUGUCCCUCCCACCCCAGAAGAUCUAAAGCAUUUUCAAUACUCGUCUGACAAACAAUUCCCUUCACAAUCCAAACUGUGGGCAGAAAUUGCAGCACGAGAGACCAAAGCGAAAUCAGCUCCUCGUUCACAUCAUCGGAAAGAAGCGCCCAGCCCGGUAGAAAGCGUGGACGCUCGUAGAAGUGGUAGACGUCAAUUCAGUAACGGGAAGCCUGUGUCUUCUGAGAAGGAAAAAGAGAAGCCUGGGACGGCUCACAAGGAGAAAGAAAAGGAGCAAGACAAGCCAAAGCCGAAUCACACUCGUAGAGUGUCUGUCAUGUCACCAUCCCCACAGAGAUCGCCAUCUCCCCAAAAUCACCCUCCGCCCAAAAGACGUAGCACGAUGAACUCACGUGACGCGGCGUAUGAAGAGGAAGUCAAGGCCGCGCUCGAAGCGAGUCGAUUAGAGAUGAUGCAAGCGGAGAGUGAGCAUAGUCCUGAGGAGAGCGAAAAAGGGAAAGAGAAGGAGUCCGCUGAAGUUGAUGAUCCUGAUUCUUCUCUACCACCCACAAAGGCCAAACCAAAGCAUCCUAAUCAGUACACCUAUCGACCUAAAUCUUCAUCUGGGGCACAACCCAUACCUUCACCUGUCAGACGAGUCGGACAAGGUGGUACUCCGGUACCUUCUGCUCCUCCAACGCAGCAUGAACAUGGAACUCGUCGUGCGGGCGCCAUCGCCAAUGGUCUAAUCACCAUUCCAACCGUCGCAGUGGACGUGAAUAGACUAUCUUGGCACCUCCCCGAUUACCUCUCCCAAUUCUCAGAUAUUCUCCCUACCUCUCAUCCCGUAGCUUUGACAAUCACCACGCCCCGGACACUCUCUUACAUCUCUCGAAAUCACUUUGCUCAUCAAUCUUACGGGCCAUUCACCGAAGAUCGCGAUGAUCGAGGUGAGCUUAUGCUACCUAACGAGCCAAUCGGACGAGAACCUCAAGGCGAGGUGGGAUUCAGAUUAGAACCUCCUUCUCGAGUUCGAUAUCCACCAAAGCGUAUCACGACCUCAGAAAUGCGUAAGAGGGUUCGAGUAAUGUUGGAUUUUGUCAGUCGAGUACAAGGUGAGGAGGUCAAGAGGAAAGAAAGGGCUAGGUUAAUAGGCAUCGAUAUCGCUUCCCUUCCUCCGCGAAAGAAACGCCGACUGGUGGAUAAAGACGAAAGAGACGAAGAUGAAGAAAUGCCGACCAUUCAGGAAGACGGUCAAACAUCAUCGGAAAUGUUGGAUGAACUGAUGCGUGAUUUACUCGCAUUUCAAGAUACGUUUGCUCAGACAGCGUUUCCCUCGCCAAACCUUGCCAGCGCGCCGACAUUUGAACACGUUCACGAACCUUCAAAAUUGGGCAUAUCUAUGACUGCGGAAGAGGUGGAGCCGAGUGUCGAGAUGAUGGAGGAGACUGUGGAUGUGUAUAGAGAAGGAGAGGUGUCAAUGAUGGUGGAAGAGUGA